CGGCUACUGGCUGCUAUGGGCCUGGCCGCGCGCCUGGUGCUGCUGCCCGGCUUGCUGCUGGCCCUGAGCGCGGGGCAGGACCUAGGGUCCGGCCGCCGCCCCCCGCCGCAGAGCGGCCCGGAGGGGUGGGCGCUCGGGGGCGGGCGCCGGCUGCUGUCCCUGGAGCUGCUGGAGGAGGCCGAGGACCUGUCGCUGGCCCUGCUGGGGAUGGGGCUCCCCGGGGAGCUGCAACCCGAGUGCCGGGAGCUCCUGGUGGGCUUCGCCAGCAGCAGCGUGAGGCUCACCGGCUGCCUGGUGCGGAGCGCCCGGCCCGUGCGCCUCUGCCAGAGCUGCUACCGCCACUUCCAGAGCGUCACGGAGCAGCUGAAGAACAUCACCCGGGCCGUGGGGAAUUCUUCUGAGAGCAACUGUGCAAAAAGCCUCUUGAUGUCCGAUAGGGUACAGCUAGUUGUGAUCCUUUCACAGUUCUUUAACAGUACUUGGGAGAAGGCCAACUGUGCAAAUUGUUUGAAGAACAACAGUGAAGGGCUAUCAAAUAGUACAAUAGAGUUCCUGAACUUAUUCAAUACAACACUGACGUGCUUCGAACAUAACUUCCAGGGGCAAGCAAUCAAUCUUGGACCAAGCAACCACACAGAAGUAUGCAGAAACUGCAGUCGAACUUACAGCAAUCUGAAUGCCUUGUAUAACAAAAUGCAAAAAAUGACUGGACAGGGAUCAGAACACAGAACACACUUGUGUAUUGAUGUGGAAGAUGCAAUGAACAUUACACGAAGGCUUUGGAGUAGAACUUUCAACUGUUCCGUCCCGUGCAGUGAUACGGUCCCAGUGAUUGCAGUUUCUUCAUUCAUUCUCUUUUUACCAGUCAUUUUUUACCUUAGUAGCUUCCUUCACUCAAAGCAGAAGAAACGUAUACUUAUUCUGCCCAAGCGUAUCCAAUCAAAUGCCAGUCUUGUGAACAUCCAAGAAAAAUACAGCUGAGCUGCAAAACAAAACCAGAAAACUGCAACUGGGUAUAUAUUGGGUACAAUUGUGGUGGAAGGGGACAGCACAAAAGGGGAGUUAAUUAUGGUUUAGUGUUGCUCUGUAUCAUUAUACAAGUUAAAAAAAAAUGCUGUCUGACUCCUAAACGGGUAUAUUAACAAACAUGAUAAGGCAGGGCUAUGAGACACAGUGAGGGUUUAUUAGAAAAAUUUAGUUCUUUCCAGACUAGUGCUGAAGCUGGUUAUUUUCUGAUUCUUUUACUGCAGGUUUUUGUACCUUUCAUCAACAGAGUAUGAACUUUCCUGUAUGUUUUUUCCUUUAUUUAGUUUUCUAUAUUGACUCCAUAAAAAUCUAGUAUGACAGUUGUGUUCAUUUUCAGGCAUAUUAGUACAGUCUGAGACCUGAUAACCUUUCUGAUGUGGUUCUUAUGAACUAGCAAAACUUAAUAUAAUUUGUUUUGGUUUAAUUCAGUAACAGAAUUAGAACAUUUCAAAGUAAAAAUGCCAUCUUACCACAUUUGGGUAGACUUGUACUACAGAUUAAAAAAAUUAGCCUCCUUAUGUAGCAUCUCUUGAUAGACACAGUCAUGCUGCUUAGUUCAUUUUAGUGGUCUUUAUUAAAAAAAAAAGUGAGAUGCAAGGAAAGUGGUAGAUUUCUGGCAACAAAUACAGCAGGUCUGCCAGUGCUAGACAUUAAUAGUAGCCAAAUACUGUAGUUUUCAAUGAUUAUUUCAGAAAAUGUUCCAUAUUAGCACGUAUUUGGGCACUUGC